AUGCUCUACCAGAAAGGGGCGACAGUCUACAUCGCCGGCCGGUCCAAGCCGCACGCUCAGGCGGCCACCCAGGCCAUUCGAGCAAGCACCACCACCACUGGCGGCCAGCUGUACUAUCUCCCUCUGCAUCUAGACGAUGAGAAUAACGGUGCGUAUGUGAUCCCGUGGGGUCGACUGCCUCCCGGGAUGGCGCUGUACCUGGCGCGGCAUUUGGCGCCGGUGGAGGAGAGCGGCACCGGGCGGGCGAGUGGGUUCUGGAAGUGCGCAUGGGCGAGCCAAUGGUCCGACUACGAGGCGGGGGCGAAGGGGAGGACGUUUGUUGUGGACUGUGUGCGGGGGUGA